AUGGUACAACAGUCAAUUUUUAGUAGCGAAAUCAGAAGGCUGAAAAAUAACGAACCGCUUUCCGAGAAAAACAAAUUAGCGUCAUUAGAUCCGUUUCAUGAUGAAAAUGGCAUUAUAAGAGUCGGCGGCAGAAUACGUAAAGCUAUACUAUCUUAUUCGACACGUCAUCCAAUCGUACUGCCGCGUAGUCAUCAUAUUACCGAAUUAAUAAUUCGCCGAUAUCACAUAACAAAUCAUCAUUCCGGCAUACAAAAUACAUUAUGCGCCUUACGUGAACGUUUUUGGCCAAUAGACGGACGUCUACAAGUAAGAGCCUGUAUACACAAAUGUGUGACGUGCUUUGGAGCAAGGCCACGAAUAGCCAAUUAUAAGAUGAGCGAUUUACCAAGCGUUCGAAUACGUGAAAAUCGAGCCUUUAAUCGAGUAGGUGUCGACUAUUGCGGUCCCUUUUUAAUCAAAGAAAAGCGAUACAAAAACAAAGCUUUCAUCAAAUGUUACGUUUCUAUAUUCAUAUGCAUGGUCACAAAAGCGAUACAUAUCGAAAUAGUCGAAGACAUGACUACAGAAGCUUUUCUCGGAGCUUUGAGACGUUUUAUAGGCAGACGAGGCGUACCACAGACGAUAUACUCCGACAAUGGCACAAAUUUUCAAGGUACUAAAAAUGCGUUAGACGAUCUAUACAAACUACUGUAG